AUGAUUUGCAUUUUGGCAGAGACUCAAAGGCAGGCAGCUGAGUCGGAAGGCUUUAGAGUGGAAAAGAGGGAAAUGGCUUCAGGUACACCCUGUUUGCAGGUUGUUGGCGAAAGGAAACUAGAGGGGGCUGACUACAAGAGGGCGUCUUAUGUGAUUGGAACGGCUGCCGCCGGACUGGGGCACAAAGACCUGGUUGGCGUUGUGAAGAUUCUUUGUCCUUGCCUGGGAGAACAGUUCAGGGGACAGACGGCCGCAAGACUACCAAGAACCCAGAUCCAGGGAUCACUGACAUUUGGGGAUGUGGCUGUGGCCUUUACCCAGAUUGAAGGGAGACACCCGGAUGCUGCUCAGCGGGCCCUGUACAGGGAUGUGAUACUGGAGAACUAUGGGAAUCUGGUGUUUGUGGGGCUUCUCUCUUCCAAACCCAAGCUAAUAACCCAGUUGGAGGAAGAGCCACGGAUGGAAGUAUAAGGGGUUCCAUCAGGUACCUAUACAGUUCAGGAGUACAUAUUUGAAACAAAGAUGUCAGCCCUACAGCAAAAUACUUCUGAGAGAUGAUUGGGAGAACAAACAAAAAGUGUCAUGAUGGAAAGAGGCCUGGAUUGGGAAGGCAGAAGUUGCAUAGAGAAGACACACUAUAAAUGCAAGGAAUGUGGGACAGUCUUCAAAUAUAAUUCCUCCUGUAUUAGCCACCAGAGAAAUCGUACUGCUGAGAAACCCCAUAAAUGUAAAGAAUGUGGGAUAGCCUUUACGAGCAGCUCAUCUCUUUUAAAUCAUCAUAAAAUUUACAUAGGCAAGAAAUGUUUCAAAUGUGUUAAAUGUGGGAAAUUCCUCAAGAAGCAGUGAACAUUUGUUAAUCAUCAGAAAAUUCAUUCUAGAGAGAAACUCCAUAAACGCAAUGAAUGUGGAAUUUUCAGAAAUAAUUCUAUUCUUUUAAGUCACCAGAGGCUUCAUACUGGUUAGAAACCCUACAAAUAUAAUGAUUGUGGGAAAGCCUUUGCUCAGAAUUCAGGCCUUGCUCAUUAUGUGAAAAUACAUAGUGGAGAGAAGCCAUUUAAAUGUAAUGAAUGUGGGAAAACUUUCAGGGAUAACUCAGCUGUCUUGUAACAUCAGAGAAUACAUACUGGUGAGAAACAGUAUCAGUGUAAUGAAUGUGGAAAAUGCUUAUUUAGGAAAAGCUCAAGUCAUGUUAGUCAUCAAAGAAUGCAUACAGAGAGAAACCUUGGAGAGAAACCUUAUCUCUGUAGUAAAUGUGGAAAAUCUUUCAGGUAUAGCUCAUCCUUUGCUGGACAUCAGAAAACUCACAGUGGAAAUAAACCCCAUCAAUAAACCCCAUUACAUCAAUGUAAUGACCGUGGGAAAGCCUUUAGCAAGAGCUCAGCCCUUACUGAACAUCAGAGAAUUCUUACUGGAGAAAUGCCCUAUUGCUGUAAGAAAUGUGGGAAAUCCUUCAGGCAUAGCUCUGGCCUUGCUGAACAUCAGAAAAUCCAUACAGGAGAAAAACCUUAUGAAUGUAAUGAAUGUGGGAAGGCUUUUCCUCAGAAUUCAAGCCUCAAACAACAUAAGAAAAUUCAUAACAAAGAAAGAGCCAUCAAAUGUAGUUAGUUUGGUAAAUCAUGCAGAGAUAGUUUAUUCCUUUUUGACCAUCAAGGAGGAGACAUUCAAUAAAUUAUAAACCUAAUGAAUAUAUUCUGUGAUCCUCUAUUCUGGAAAACUUCUCAUUUGUGAGGAUGUUCAUUGUAGUAUGGUUUGUACUAGCGAUAUAUUUGAAGAACUUAAAUGUAGCAAGAACCUAAAUGCUACUAUGUAGCAAGUGAAAAGAAUGAGGUAGAGCUCUAUAUACAACCAUAGAUAUAUCUCCUUGAUACCUUGAUAAGGUAAAAAGGCAAAUUACAAAGAAUUAAUAUUGUAAAAAUGGCCAUACUACCCAAAGCAAUCUACAGAUUUAAUGUGAUCUCUAUCAAAUUACCCAUGACAUUUUUCA